GAUGAUAUUGGUUUGGGAGCAGUGGUGGGAUCUGCUGAUUUCAACGUCAUGUUUGUAACUAGCGUUUGUGCUCUAUUUAGCAAAGAAAUAAUAUAUCUUAACUGGUGGCCGUUGUUCCGUGAUUCCGUCUUUUACUUGAUCUCAAUCAUUCUCCUCGCCCUUACGAUCGUGGAUGAGAAAGUUUACUGGUAUGAAGCUCUGGUUCUGUUGAUCUUUUAUUGUAUCUACAUUGGCCUAAUGCAUUUCAACCGACGUCUUGACACCUCGUUGAACGCUUGGUGCCUCUCCCAUCGAAAUGUUUGUCCAAGAGUUCUACAUGACGAAGUGAGCAGUGCAGAGAUCGCUGCUCAAAGUUCUGGAAAGUUCGGUGGAAAACAUGAUGAGGCCGUUGGAUUACGUUCGUCUGAUGCAGCGAUGACAAAUUACUCCAGACUGGAUGCUAACGAAUCCGAGGCUGAAAUUCAUCUGAAUCAACAUGAGAUUCCGACGGGUGGUUCACUUCAAAACGACCCAGAAACGGCAGUCACUCCGGAUGUGGAGUCUAAAAGUGUCGAUACGCAGUCACUCGCUCAAAUAUGCCUCGCUCCUCUGGCUUUCCCUCCAAAAGGCACCUCGACGGUGCGAUGGAUUUACUUUUGCCUUGUCUGGCCAAUUCGUUUGUGCCUGUGCCUCACCACUCCCGAUUGUCGCCAUCCGCGUUGGCGUCGUUGGCAAGGUCAUUGGAUAGCCUUUAUUGUAUCCUGCUUCUGGAUUGGUGUCUUCACUAUAUUCAUGAUGUGGAUGAUUACUGUAAUUGGGGUCACGCUGGGUAUUCCAGAUACGAUCAUGGGCCUUACACUCAUUGCUGCAGGAUCUAGUGUUCCAGAUGCAAUAACUUCGGUCAUUGUCGUUCGUGAAGGUGAGGGGGAUAUGGCCAUUUCAAACGCUGUUGGAAGCAAUAUCUUUGACAUUCUCGUUUGCAUGGGUCUACCCUGGUUAUUACGCACUAUGGUUAUCGGUGGGCCAGUUGAAAUUUACUCUCAAGGUCUCACCUAUGCGGCUCUGACAUUAUUUUUCACGGUUAUCAUUCUCCUUGGAGCAACACAUCUCAAUCGUUGGCGUCUCACAAAGCUCUACGGUGUCGUUCUGAUGAUAAUCUACAUUCUAUUCCUCGUAAUAUGCAGUCUCUAUGAAUUGAAUAUUUUUGGAAUGGUUCACCCACCCGAAUGCCCAUAUAUUGAAGUACCUUAG